CAUUGGAGUUGUCAACAACUGUCAUUGGAGCGAGCCCCCCUCGCUUUGUCUGUCAAAUUAGUCUCGUGUGUUGUGCAGUCAAAACGUGUUUCGGUUACACUUUCUCAGUUUUUGCGUGAAUUACGACAGAUUAAGUGGCCGAACAAAAGGAGCUAAACCCGUCUCAAAAUGGAUACCAGUCUUACAUCAGCUCAAAUCCGAAACCUUUUCCUUGACUUCUUCAAGGAGCACGGUCAUAUUUACGUGCAUUCAUCCUCGACCAUUCCCUUGGAUGAUCCAACACUUCUCUUCGCCAAUGCUGGAAUGAAUCAAUUCAAACCGAUUUUCUUGGGUGUAGCUGAUCCAAACAGUGACAUGGCCAAAUGGGUUCGUGUAACCAACACUCAAAAAUGCAUCCGUGCCGGUGGCAAACAUAACGACUUGGACGAUGUUGGCAAGGAUGUCUACCAUCACACAUUCUUCGAAAUGUUAGGAAAUUGGUCGUUCGGAGAUUACUUCAAAAAAGAGAUUUGCAGUUGGGCGUGGCAAUUGUUAACGGAACGACUGAAGUUGCCUAAAGAUCGGUUGUAUGUAACGUACUUCGGAGGAAACGAACAAGCUGGUCUUGAACCCGAUUUGGAAUGCAAACAGAUUUGGACGGAUCUGGGAGUGAAGCCGGAACACAUUUUGCCUGGAAGCAUGAAGGAUAAUUUCUGGGAAAUGGGUGAGACUGGUCCAUGUGGUCCAUGUUCGGAAUUGCACUUUGACAGAAUUGGAGGAAGGAGCGUUCCGGAGUUGGUCAACAUGGACGAUCCUGAUGUACUUGAAAUCUGGAAUCUUGUGUUCAUUCAAUAUAAUCGCGAGCAGGACGGUAGUUUGAAACUCUUGCCGAAGAAGCAUAUUGAUUGCGGUAUGGGGUACGAACGGUUGGUUUCGGUUAUUCAGAACAAACGAUCUAAUUAUGAUACGGAUUUGUUCGUGCCGAUUUUCGAGGCUAUCCAGAAGGGAACCGGCGCUCCUCCUUAUCAGGGACGCGUCGGAAGUGAGGAUGCUGAUGGAAUCGAUAUGGCAUAUCGGGUUUUGGCUGAUCAUGCUAGGACACUAACUAUCGCUUUGUCGGACGGCGGUAUGCCAGAUAAUACUGGCCGUGGAUAUGUGUUAAGGAGGAUUCUCAGACGUGCCGUGAGAUACGCAACGGAAAAACUCAAUGCUAAACCUGGCUUCUUUGCAAGUCUGGUCCACACUGUGGUCGCAUUGCUUGGCGAUGCCUUCCCAGAAGUGAGAAAAGACCCUCAACAGAUCAUCGACGUAAUCAACGAGGAAGAGCAACAAUUCUUGAAGACUCUUACUCGCGGCCGCAACCUUCUCAAUCGGACCAUCGCGAAAUUGGGAGAUGCUAAGGUGCUUCCUGGAGACGUUGCUUGGAGGUUGUAUGACACGUACGGAUUCCCAAUCGAUUUAACGCAGUUGAUGGCAGAAGAAAAGGGGUUGCAAAUAGACAUGGCAGGCUACGAGGAGGCUAAACAAAAGUCAUAUUUAUUAUCGCAAGGAAAAGGAACUGAUAAGGCUGCUGAAGUGAACUUAGACGUUUACGCUAUUACGGAACUGCAAUCGAAGGGAAUUCCAACAACAAAUGAUUCCUUCAAGUACCAAUACAAGGCAAAAUCAGACAGUAAGGAUGCGGAAUACGACUUCGCUGGAUGCACAGGAAAGGUUUUGGCUUUGAGGACGGUAGAGAGCUUCGUCGAUGAAGUUCAUGCCGGACAAAAAUGUGGUCUUGUAUUGGACAAAACUAACUUCUACGCUGAGAGUGGUGGACAAAUCUUCGAUCAGGGUGUUUUGGUUAAAGUGGGCGAUGAAGGAACUGAAUUCUUCGUGGACAAAGUAUACAAUCGCGGUGGCUACAUCCUCCACAUUGGUGUUGUUGAAGGUACACUCAAGGUUGGUGAUGAACUAAAUCUUCAAGUUGACUGGAUUCGACGACGAUUGACGAUGAACAAUCACUCAGCCACACAUGCUCUGAAUCAUUGCCUUUUGGAAGUUCUCGGAAAGGACACCGAUCAAAAAGGUUCAUUGGUCGUUCCUGAAAAACUUCGUUUCGAUUUCAACAGCAAAGGUGCUCUCACCAUUGAACAAAUCGCCAAGACCGAGCAGCUGACAAAAGACAUGGUGUAUAGCAACGUUCCAAUCUACGCAAAGGAAUCUAGUCUAUCUGUAGCGAAAUCCAUUCGAGGCCUUCGAUCAGUGUUCGAUGAAGUAUACCCUGAUCCAGUCCGAGUAAUUUCAUUCGGAGUUCCAGUGGAAGAUCUUGAAAAAAAUCCCCAAGGCGAUGCGGGCGAGAAGACUUCGGUAGAAUUUUGUGGCGGCACUCACUUACAAAGAUCAGGUCACAUUGUUGACUUUGUGAUUAGCAGCGAGGAAGCAAUUGCAAAAGGCAUCCGGCGAAUUGUUGCUUUAACAGGACCUGAGGCUUUGAAGGCGUUGAAACGUGCUGAGGAGUUCCAGAACAAAAUCAACAAACUCAAGGAAACAAUUGAUGCUGACAAAGAAGGAAAGGACUCAAAGGAGCACGUAAAGAAGAUAGUAGAAUUAACCGAAGAUAUUUCUCAAGCAACGAUUCCACACGUGAAAAAGGAUGAGAUGCGUAAUGUUCUUAAAGGUUUCAAGAAAACCCUGGAUGACAAGGAACGUGCCGCAAAGGCUGCCGUUGCAACAACAGUCGUGGAAAAGGCAAAGGAAAUUUGCCUGAAUAGCCCAAAUACUCCCUUCUUAGUUCAUCAACUCGAGGCCUACAAUAAUACAAAAGCUCUGGAUGCUGCGUUGAAGCAAGUCCGAGCACUUAGUCCUGAAACGUCGGCAAUGUUCGUGUCUGUCGACGCCGAUUCUAAGAAAGUUUUCUGCUUGACGUCCGUUCCAAAGGCUGCCGUUGAGAAAGGGUUGAAGGCCAAUGAAUGGGUACAGCAUAUUUCUGGAACGAUGGGUGGCAAAGGAGGCGGUAAGCCAGAGUCCGCUCAAGCUUCGGGACCGAACUUCGAUAAAGUCGAUGAGAUCAUUGAGUUGGCUAAAAAUUUCGCCAGUACAAAGUUAGCUGCGUAAUUGCUGGUGAUGAAUGAAUUGGUACCAGUAAAGCAAUAGGAGACACUUCGUGAUUGCAAUUUUUUUGCUAAUUGUGUACUAGUUAGCGUUUUGAAAUGCAUUUUUUUAUUGUUAAUUUAAUGAUUUUAAUUAUUUCCAAGAGAAUAAAUUGAAUAUCGACAG